AUGUUGGGAUACUUCGUCCUCAUCUUCAGUCUCGCGAGCUACGCAACUGAGAUUGGCUUGCCGGCCUCCGACGGCGCUCUCAUCAGCGCACUUUUCAACUUUGCGCAGGCCGUCGGCCGCCCUCUGAUUGGAUACUUCAGUGACAGCUUCGGGCGGAUGAACAUGGCUGCGUCGAUGACGCUCCUUGGUGGGUUGCUCUCUCUCACAGUUUGGGUCAAUGCAAAAAGCUUCGGACUUCUAGUCUUCUUCGCCGUCACCGAGGGGCUGGUCGCAGGGAACUUCUGGGCCACUAUCGCACCGCUGAUGGCCGAGGUUCUCGGCUUGAACCAUGUUCCGUCUGGCUUAAACCUGAUGUGGCUGAGCAUGGUGCUACCUGCAACGUUCAGCGAGCCAAUUGCCUUGCAAAUCUACUCUGGGACUGGAAGUUAUCUUGGAUCACAGCUAUUCACCGGCUUCAUGUACAUUGCAGCAGCUUUCUGCCUGGUUCUUCUUCGAGGCUGGAAGUAA